AUGUGCCGACCUCAUGCAGAUCGCAUUCGUCAGAAGACACCAGAAGAACAGGCAGAUUUUGAGUUCGUGCAGGGUGUGACUGGAACUCAGACAUGGCCGGCGUUCACCCCAGAGACCGAACAGCGAAUUUUCUGUCGACUGGCCUUGCUGGUGCACCUGAACAAGAGAGGCCAGCAGUGGGAGCUCGCCGAGAAAGCAUGGAUGUCGGGUUUGCUGCCUCCUGGGAUUGUCUUCCUGUGCCAGAACCGACCCCACAUGGUCCUCAGGACCUAUCCACAGGGAUGCCUGCUUUGGCCUUUGACAAGCAGACCCUUCAGUGGCAACCUCGAGUUCGACAAUUCAAUUUCCCAGCUCACCUGGGGCUUCUUGUUUUCCCUGGAAGGAUGCUUCGUGCAAGAGCUUUCUGUGCUGGUUCCAGUUCAAGGGUGUCGCUCGGAUAGGUCGGGCCUGCAGCUCAAGCCAGGCCCUCAAAAGCUCUUGCUGCAACAUCUGCAAGAGACGGGGUUCAAGGGUUUGGGCGAGGGUUUGCUCAAGCAGCUGGCACAGCAUCUCGGGUACGAGGAAGCACCCCCGAAUGCAGAUGAUCAAGAGGUUGCAACAGCGGUUCAUCUUAUGGUCAACCUGGACCCCAGUCUGCAAGAACACGAGGUGCUGGACAGAGUGAAGUUCAGAAACGAGGCAGAUGAAGGGGGGGUGGAAGGCAUGACAGAAGAGCUGGCUCUUGCAAUGGAAGACACGAUGAGACAGCAAGAGAAGCAAAAAAUCUUGAAAGGACUCGAGCGAAAGUCGAGGCCAGUCGCAAGUCUCGCCGAGAUCGCCAAAGCGAGCUUCCACAGCAGCUACGACCAGAUACCAAUGGAAGUGGCCAGAAAAGCUGUGCUGGAACGAAAAGCCAGAGAAUCGGCAGAACGGAAGAAACAAGAAGAGCAAAAAGCCCGAGAAGCAGCAGAGCAAAAGAGAAAAGAAGAGCAAGAAGCCCUCAGAAGUCGUGGCUUGGCACAGGCCGGGGCCCAAGCGAAAGCAAAUCCAAAGAAGCGAGGAAACCAAGCUGCUGCCGAGAGCCAGGAUCCCAAGAAAGCCCGGAUGUAUGCCGGCCUGGAUUCGGUCGCCGAUGCGAAGCUCCGAGAACACCUCCCGAGCUGCACGGCUGUGUUUUCCGAUGUGAAGAAUGGCCGAUGGCGAACCACAUUCAAGAUUGCUGGAGCCCAGGCCAAGCAGAAGUCUUUCAGCUGGACAGCUGUGGGGCCAACUUACGCAGCCAGGGCGUGCUUAGAAUGGAACUGGCAGCAGCACAAAGAACACAACGACAUAGACAUGCCUGAGAGAGUGACAUUGUUGAUGAGAGAGUGGGGCAGCGUCUCAGGGGACGGCGAAGCUGAAGCCCCAGAGCCAGCUAGCAGCAGCAGAUCCAGGAAGUGA